UUUGUUAUUUUCCAUUUUAUUUCUGGUAUUUUCUAUGCUCUCCAUUUUUCUAUUUCAAGUAUUUUGGUAUUUAUUCUGUGUCUGGAUCGGUGUUUAGUAAUUAAAAUGAGUAAUCUUUGGGAGGAGAAAAAACGAAAAAUGUUUAUUAAAUUGGGAAUAUUUUUUGUAAUAAUUGUGUAUUUUGGAUGUGGAUUUAGUUAUGUUUUUGAAUUGCCGUUGGAUUAUAAAAUUCGUAAGUCUUAUUAUUAUUUGAUAGGUAGACAUAGAUAUUUUUUGUGGCUUGGUUACGAUAUAAUUUUGAAGUUCAUGAAUCUUUCGGGGUUACGAUACGUAAUAAUGUACUGUACAAAAUUCUUAACUUUAUUCAUAAGGAUGAGUAGGUACAAGGGAUAG